CAGUAAUACACAUUUUAAUUUUCUUGAUAUACACGAGCAUUGAAUUGUGUGUUUAUUUGGUUUUUAUUUCUGGGAGACGACUACACCAGUAAUACCAGAAUUUCAGUAUCAGUUUAUUUGCGCAUAACUGCCGCAGAAUUUACAUUAAAACAUUAUAUAAAAGAAAUUCAGUGCCAAAAACAUGACAUCAAUUGCCAGCAAAAAGGUCUUAAUAGGAGCGUCGGCGGCGGCCAUCGCCGGCUACUUGAUCUAUCGUACCUCCUGUCCCAGAUACCGAAACAAAAUGGUUGAUCAGUCAGUUCUCGACAAACUUGAUGCCGGCUUCAAGAAGCUCCAGGAGGCCAACAAUUGCCAUUCACUGCUCAAGAAGUAUCUGAGCAAAGAUGUCUUCGACCAGUUGAAGACACGUAAGACAGCAAUGGGAGCAACACUUCUGGAUGUUAUUCAAUCAGGCGUUGAGAACUUGGACUCUGGAGUAGGAUUGUACGCACCGGACGCCGAGUCGUACACUCUGUUCAAAGAGUUGUUUGAUCCGGUCAUCGAUGACUACCAUCAGGGCUUUAAGCCGACCGACAAACACCCGCAAUCCGAUUUCGGUGACCUCAGCACUCUUGUCGAUGUCGAUCCAAACAACGAAUUUGUCGUCUCUACUCGUGUCCGAUGCGGUCGCAGUCUUAAGGGUUAUCCAUUCAACCCGUGUCUCACUCAAGGGCAAUACCAAGAAAUGGAGGACAAAGUUAAGGCACAGUUGAGUUCAAUGGACGGAGAAUUGAAGGGAACUUACUUUCCAUUGACAGGAAUGGAUAAGAAGACUCAACAGCAGCUCAUCGACGAUCACUUCCUGUUCAAAGAGGGUGACAGAUUCCUGCAAGCUGCCAACGCUUGCCGAUACUGGCCAACUGGUCGCGGCAUUUACCACAACGACGCCAAGACUUUCCUUGUUUGGGUCAACGAAGAGGAUCACUUGCGUAUCAUUAGUAUGCAAAAGGGAGGCAACUUGAAGGAGGUGUUCACCCGAUUGGUAACAGCAGUCAAAACCAUCGAACAGAAGAUUCCGUUCUCGCGCGACGAUCGUCUCGGCUUUUUGACCUUUUGCCCGACCAAUUUGGGCACCACUAUCCGGGCCAGUGUUCACAUUGCUCUACCGAAGCUGGCGGCCGAUCUGAAAAAGUUGGAAGAAGUGGCCGGCAAAUACAAUCUACAGGUUCGCGGCACCCGCGGCGAGCACACCGAAAGCGAGGGAGGCGUCUAUGAUAUCUCCAACAAGAGACGUAUGGGUCUGACCGAGUAUCAGGCGGUCCGGGAGAUGCAGGACGGCAUCCUUGAGCUCAUCAAAAUUGAGAAGUCACUCUAAAAAACUACCGGUGCUGCCACUGGUUUCUCCGAAAAAAAAAAUUAAACCAAACACAUAAACCAAUUAAUUAUAUAUAUAUAUAUAUAUAUAAUUAAGUCAAUUAUUUUUUCCCUCAACUAUUUUAGUCACAUUUUAAUUAAUUAGUCACAAAAAAAUCAAACAAAAUCUAAGUCAAUAACUUCAGUGCCAUUGAAUCGAUUCAAAAGAUUAUUUGUUAAUUAUUUGUUAUUAAAUAUAAUAACAAAUGUUUAUAUUAAA